UCCCCAGAACCACCCCUCCAACAACCUGACGAUUACCUACCAUGUACAUCGAAUACACCUCCCCCUAACAAUGGGUCCCCGUCGCCAGACGGCCCUCUCCAAAUCCAUCCAGCUCGCCCUCUUCCGCGACCCCGCCACCUUCCGCAAGACCCUUAUCGGCCGGAUCCUCGCCUUCUUUACCCUCUUCUACAUCAAGCUCUUCCGCUACCGAAGCACCCUAUUCCAGACACUGCGUGAUGGAGUCUGGGAGAUCGAUGAGGCCGAGUACAAGGCCAGUUUUCGGAAUGAGAACAAGACGGUCCCGUUGAAGUUGAUAGGCGAUCUGGGGAUGUCUGGAUCAACAUUCUUCACCACCUCCAACGGCAAGUUCCUCGUCAAGAGCCUCCCACGACACUUCGAGCAUUCCUUCUUCCGCGACGACCUCCUCGAGCCCUACUACGAGUACAUGACCGCCCAUCCUUCUUCCCUGCUCGUAUGGAUCACCGACUACCUGUACGCGCCGUACGCCACGAUCGGGAGUCUCGUAGGCAGCACCCCAGCCCAUCACAUCAUCAUGGACAACGUGCUGUACGGGAAGGAUGAGGAUCCGGCCGCAGAUAAAUGGGAGACGUACGACCUGAAGCCGGUCGAUUAUUUCUACCCGGAGCGAGAUCUGGUGCCGGAGCCGUUGGUCAGUGAGGAUACGUUGCGGAAAGUCGGAGGCCAAUUCGACGAUAAGAUCCGACUGACGGCGGGGGAGUAUGCGGCGUUGAAGCGGGUGCUCGAGGAAGAUACGGGGCUUUUGCAGGCGUCCAACGCCGUGGAUUACUCUCUCUUCCUGGUGCGGUUCCCGGCGGACUCUGCCCCGGAUGUGGUGGGGAGGAAGAUCCCGUGGCGCGUUGGGGUGACGUCGGCGGAUGGCCGCUGGAAGUAUCGCGCCGUGGUGCUGGAUUUCUUCUGGGCGAGACAUAAACUUCAUGCGCAGGCUAUGACGGGAGUCGUGCAAACCUUCAAUGCCAUUGGGAGACAGGGGCCCAUGACGAUUACGACGACCGCAGACGAGUACCGGGAGAAAUUCCUAGCAAUGGUGGAGUCGAUGGCGGAAGUGCUUGAUGGACGUAAUUAAUGCAUGGAUGAAUAUCUAGUAAUAGUAGUGUCGAACCCGCGCGCUGCGCGUUAAUCGAUUGAUAUGCGCUGCUGUACAUCUGGCGUCUGUUUGCAUGUAUCCU